AUAGAUUUUGGAAAGCUACAAAAUAUUGUUUGAAGUGUGUCUUUCUUUUGGUCAAAGUGUUGAGACUUGUUGAUGGAGAUGCAAAACCGGCUCUGAGUUAUAUUUAUGAAGCAAUGGAUAGAGCAAAAGAACAAAUUGGCAAAAAUUUCAACAAUGUUAAGAAGAGAUAUGAUCGGAUUUGGGAGAUAAUUGACAUUCGUUGGGAUUUGCAACUUCAUAAACCACUCCAUGCUGCAGCAUAUUAUCUUAAUCUCAAGUAAGUCACACUUUUUUAAUUUACAUUAUUCCAUUAGUAAAUUUUAUUAUUUUAAAUUUAAAUUUAUUUUUUGAUUCUUGAUCUUUAGGUUUCAAUAUGAUUCUAAUUUUAAUGCUGAUGCUGAAGUAAAAAUUGCAUUGUUCAAGACAAUUGAGAAAAUGUAUCUAGAUAUUGAGACAAGAGUCAUCAUUGAUUCACAACUUCAAAAAUUUAAGAAGGCCGAAAGUUUAUUUGGGAUGGACAAAGUGAUAUCAACAAGAAAUAAAAAAUAAUCAGGUAAUUAUAAUUAUAAUUUUAUGAAUUCAUUUUUACCUGUCAAAUUUAAAUUUAAUUUAUCUUAUUUUAUUUAUCUAGCUCUAUGGUGGGAGAGUUUUGGAGAACGGUGCAAAGAACUUCAAAGGCUAGCAAUUCGAGUACUAAGUCUUACUUGUAGUGCCACUGGAUGUGAAAGAAAUUGGAGCACAUUUGAACAUAUUCAUUCAAAAAAAAGAAACCAUUUGGAGCAACAAAGAUUGAAUGCCUUGGUGUUUGUCAAGUACAAUAUUCAACUUGAGAUGAGACAACAAAAAAGACAAGAAAAGGGGGAGGCAUAUGAUCCGAUAUACUUAUCAGAUAUGGAAUCAGAUGAUGAGUGGAUAACUGAGCAAGAAGAGCCAUGCUUAUUGGAUGAUGUGCCUUGGUUGGAUGUAAAUGAAUGUUUUGAUAUUGAUGAGGGACCUAAUAAUAGAACAAGGAAGAGAAGACCAAGAAACUUAAAUGUUGAUGGUAAAGGUAAAGGGAAAGAAAAGGUUGUUGAGGAAGAUAUUGAAGUGAUAGAAGAAGAUGAAGGUAAUGAGGAAGAAGAGGAAGAAGAAGAGAAUCAAGAGAUGAUUAUGCUUGAAGAUGAUGAUGAUGACGGCGGCGGCAGCGGUGAUGGCGACAUUAGCCUUGAGGAUGAUUGUGAUGACUGAAGAUUCUAUUUAAUUUUUUGAGUGAAUAGUGAAUUAGUGAUAUUUCAUGUUUAUUUUUAAUUUAUGUUUUGGACUUAGUAUUUUAAACUUAUCUAUACUUUUUGGACAUCUUUUUGAGUAUUCGUUAAUUAAUAGAUUGGUAUACAUUUUGAUU